AUGGUUAUCCAGCACGCUUCGCCGCGCGUCUCGGCUCGGCCGCCCUUCUCCGUCGAGGUGCCCGGCCAGAAGCCUGUCGAGGGCGAGACCCCCAUCCGCCGCCACCCCAAGGCCGUCCCCGAGAUCGUCGGCACGCCCGCCCCCAACAUCACCACCGUCUACGAGCUCUGCAAGGCCUCCGUCGAAAAGCAUGGCGACGCCAACGCCAUGGGCUCGCGCCGCCUGCUGCGCACCCACCAGGAGACCAAGAAGAUCAAGAAGGUCAUUGACGGCGAGGAGCAGCUCGUCGACAAGCAGUGGACCUACUUUGAGCUGAGCAGCUACGAGUACAUCACCUACAACGAGUACUUCCGCCGCAUAAGCAAGAUCGGCGCCGGCUUCCGCAAGCUCGGCCUGACCGCCGGCGACCGCGUCCACAUCUUCGCCGCCACCAGCGCCAACUGGCUGACCUUCUCCCACGGCGCCGCCACCCAGUCCAUGCCCAUUGUCACCGCCUACGACACGCUCGGCCAGGAAGGCCUGCGCCACUCCAUGGUCGCGACCAAGGCCAAGGCCAUCUUCCUCGACCCCCACCUGCUGCCCAUCCUGACCAACGUCCUCAAGGAUGCCGUCGAGAUCCGCCACGUCAUCUGGAACGACCAGAACCAGGUCAAGCAGGAGCACGUCGACAAGCUCAAGGCCGCCUUCCCCAACAUCACCGUCCGCAGCUUCGAGGAGCUGCUCAAGCUGGGCGAGGCGAACCCCGUCGACGCCGUGCCCCCCUCGCCGGAGGACCUGUGCUGCAUCAUGUACACCUCGGGCUCCACCGGCACCCCCAAGGGCGUGCCCCUCAAGCACAAGAACGUCAUUGCCGCCGUGGCCGGCGUCAGCGUUGUCGUCCAGCCGUACAUUGGCCCGGGCGACGGCCUCCUGACCUACCUGCCCGCCGCCCACAUUCUCGAGUACGUCUUUGAAAACGCCUCCCUCUUCUGGGGCUCCACCAUGGGCUACGGCAACCCCAAGACCCUGUCCGACGCGUCUGUGCGCAACUGCAACGGCGACAUCAAGGAGUUCCGCCCCAGCAUCCUCGUCGGCGUCCCCGCCGUCUGGGAGAUGGUCAAGAAGGGCAUCAUCGCCAAGGUCAACGACGGCAGCCCCAUUGUCCGCUCGCUCUUCUGGGGCGCCAUGUGGGCCAAGACCAACCUCAUGGCCACGGGCCUGCCCGGCUCCGGCAUCCUCGACGCCGUCGUCUUCAAGAAGAUCAAGGAGGCCACGGGCGGCCGCCUGAAGCUCUGCAUGAACGGCGGCGGCCCCGUCGCCAAGGACACCCAGCGGUUCAUCUCGAUGGCCAUCUGCCCCAUGAUCAGCGGCUACGGCCUGACCGAGACCACCGCCAUGGGCGUGCUCCAGAACCCGGCCGAGUGGACCACCGACGCCAUGGGCGCCAUGCCCGCCUCGGUCGAGGCCAAGCUGGUCGACUUUCCCGACGCCGGCUACUUUUCGACCAACAAGCCGCACCCCCAGGGCGAGGUCUGGCUGCGCGGCCCCAGCGUCAUGGCCGGCUACUUUGAGAACGAGGCCGAGACCGCCGAGACCAUCACCGCCGACGGCUGGCUCAAGACGGGCGACAUUGGCGAGUUUGACAGCCGCGGCCACCUCAAGCUGAUUGACCGCAAGAAGAACCUGAUCAAGACGCUCAACGGCGAGUACAUUGCCCUCGAGAAGCUCGAGUCCAUCUACCGCUCGGCCGCCGUCGUCGCCAACAUCUGCUGCUACGCCGACGCCCAAAAGGCCAAGCCCAUUGCCAUUAUCGUCCCCGCCGAGCCCGCCCUGCUGAAGCUGGCCCAGUCCAUUGGCAUCAGCGGCACCAGCCUCGAGGAGCUGGCCCACAACAAGAAGCUGCAGUCCGCCGUGCUCAAGGAGCUGCAGGCCGCCGGUCGCCAGGGCGGCCUGUCCGGCAUCGAGAUUAUUGACGGCGUCGUCGUGUCCGACGAGGAGUGGACCCCGCAGAACGGCUUGGUGACGGCCGCGCAGAAGCUCAACCGCCGCGGCAUCCUGGACAAGUUCAAAAAGGAGGUGGCCGAGGCCUACGGCGCGACGUCGAGCUAG